GCUUGUCAGUUUGGGGAACUAGUUCUAUGAAAGUCCUAUAAAAUGAAAGGAGUGCCAUUCAACCUGGGAGUUAUUGGCAAGAUGAAGUUGUUUGUUUUCAUCACCAUAUGUGCAUUUCCACAUGUCAUAACCGAAAAUCCUCAGAGCCACCGGACUCUGCUACCUAACGUUUUGGUUCUGGACGUGGAUGGCACUUUGAGCCAGCAUCCCCUCAGCUGCCUGGAGUUCCCAGAUGAGCUUCUGAGAGGGCCAGCUGAGAAUCAGGACAUUGUUUGGAAGAUAAAUGAAGUAGAGCAGGUCCAGAGGGGGAAUGUCCACUCAAUAAGGCUACUAGAAAGUAAAGGGGGGGGAAAUUACACAUGCCACAGCAAGGAUGGAUCGCUCCUUAAUUACACUGAGGUCCUGAUCCGGCUGGUGGACACCAAAAGGAGGAGGAUCCUUGUGAAAACAGAGAAAGAUUACCUGAAGUGCUCUGCUCAGAGUUACAGCGGAGAGUUUCACUGCUCUUGGACCUGGCACAGCAGUCGCGCUGUAAAAGUUGCAUUUGUGAAAGUACACCGUGCAUCUGAUGAGAACAAGACUCAGUGCUCUACGGACGCCAGUGGCCGACAAUGGAAAUGCUCUUCAGCUGAGAGUAACUUCAGCUGUUCUCUGGUUGAUGAUGGCCAGAGCAUCUCUUGUUGGGACGAAAGACACUGCCCCUACGCCGAGGAGAUCCAGCAGAUCUUUAUCACCGUCCACAUGAGGACUAAGCACUACCUACUGGAGAGCUAUUCCAAACUAUUUUUCUUGUCAGAGAUAGUGAAACCAGACAAGGUGAGGAUCGGAAAAGUCAACAAAACGGUGGUGCAGUGGAGUUACCCCAGCUCCUGGAACAGGCCCUACUCUUACUUCCCCCUCACCUUCCAGGUCACACAACUCAAGAGUCAGUGCAAAAAGUGUGGCAACCCAUGCUCUGACUCAAACCCAUCAAUGACCCUGACAAACGAUGUCACAGACAUUUGCCAGUUUAGAGUGAAGAGCAAGGCUAAGGCGGUGUGUGUGAGAGCCAAAGACGCAUUCUGCAACUCACAAUGGAGCGAGUGGAGCCAUCUAAAGUUCAUUGAGGCGAAACUAAAAGAGGACUAGCCCAAGAGUGCCAUCUCACCAUUGGACAUCUGACAGAUGUUACAUGUUACUGUUCUGUGUGUUUUGAAGCAACAUGAUGUUUGCAAUAUAUAUCUUAACUUAAUCACUUGAUCAAUUAAUAAAG